GUAGUAUAAAUGAAAACAGCUGGGUCCGACCUGGCUUCAAUGCGACCAAACAAAGGGAGCUCUCGCUAACGUUGUAACAGACUUGAUCUAAUAUUCGUGUUGACAUGUAAAUUUGUUGAGUCCGUGCUAGGAAACAAAAAAACGUGAAUUGUUCAUAGGAAAUAUACAGCUCCAAAGAUUGUUGACCAGUGAGAGAUAGUGCACUGCCGUUGGUUCGUUCAACAAAGCUCAAUAAAGUUAUCCCAAUAGUGAUGGCAGCCUCCAAGCUAUACCCAACAUUGAGCGCCUUCUACCGGAAUACAUAUGUUGGUUUCGGAAGUGAAGCUAACUUAACACUAAGUGGCGCUGAUAACAGUAAUCCAUACAAGAAACCAUUCGCAGAGGAUCAUGGUGCGAAUAUUCUCGCCAAAAAUAAAAGCCAAGACAAAAUGGAUAGAAAAAAGGGUGUCUCUGACCAAGAAAGACAAGCCAGGGGCAAUAACUUUGACAGAACCGUAGUAGACAAUGCUCGAGAAAGCAGUCAAGAAAUAAGUUCUGUACCGGGAAAUGAUCACGUGAGGGAGGACUUGGCAGACGAUUCGCCACGUCUGCCUACGGCCCCACCCAUGGAUUGGUCAGAUGAUCUUAUUGAAAGAUUUCUGCAGGAUACUCUGACGCAGCAGGAACUUUCCGCUCUUGAGAACGAUCUUUCGGUGCUCGGCGCACCCAACAUCGACAUCGAUUACUCCGCACUCAGCUCGUCUCUAAACGUGUCCCAAGACUCCGAUACUACGUGGAUCGAUGAUCUCGUACCCGAUUACGAUACCUCGCCUGACGACAGCGUGGCAGGCAAUCUGAACAAUCUCAACAAAGAAAGGCCGAGUAAGCCACACACGUCCGCCAUCCUCGCUCAGAACAUUGUUGAGCUUCCCAAGCCCAGAUCACGUCCUCUCGCGAGAACGGAAGAAACGCACCAGAGAAAGACGCAUGCGCACCGUGGCCUACCAAGGCAGGCAGCAGUGGUAUCACGGGAAGCUAUCUAUCCUCCCAGAAUCCAGCACGCGGAGCAUUCCAGUCAUGGAAACGCCAGGCUGAAAAGCCAGAGUUCGCAGGAGAAGGAAAACAAGUCCGGAUCUUCAGAGGACAUUUCUGCUGCCCGCCAUAAGCAUUCGUCUAGUACACCCCCACCUCCUGGAACUGAGGAGUACAGUGCUUGGAUGACAUGGAGAAAGCAGGUCAAUCGUCAGCUGGCUUCCGCUAUCCUGCUCCGAGGCAAUCCCGAGGUUCAGCUUCACAAACCUGACCAGUCCAGGAAAGCCUUAAGCCAGAGCUCAUACGACUUCAUCUCCCAGUUCUCAAAAUGUGGUCAGAAGACGCCCUUGGGGAGCAAACCUUUUGUCAUGUAUGGAAUCCCUAGAGUAUCAUUACCCAACAACUGAGCUGCUGGAAAGAGUAAGAGCCCUUGUGUCCAAGUCAAACAGGAUGUGACGUCCUGAGAUACUUUCUGACAGCUGGAAAACUUUCUUCGGAAUUCCCGCCACAAGUCCACGUGACUUUCAGCUUGGCUUCUCACCUUUUAGAAACAAAGUGAAAGCUUUGGUGUCAGAAGGCAAAUCUUCUUAAUAAAGUGAACACAUGUGUCAUACUGUUGUUACUCAAGCUUCGCAAGCUAGCACAGCUGUUAAAGUGUUGUUGUUGUUGUUUUUUUUGUUUUGCAUAAGCUUCACUGUUUUUGCACAAGCUGAUGUUGUUUUUACAAACAGUUGUUUUUGUUUACAUUGAUUUACAUCUUAAAAGUGUACACGUUUUAAAAGCGGUCUGGUUUAAUGAUAUUUUUAAAAAGUGACCACAGUUUUGUUUAAACACGUUUCUGUAAUUUCACAAUAAUAAAACUUUGUCUUACUUGAGCUUGAAAUGUGCUUAAUGAGAUGAAACACCUGUAUGUGAGUUGACUGAGAGGCAGCACCUGUUAUAUGCAAAUUGACUGAAGUAAACAUUUAAUGCAUGCUAGUUGACUCAAAUAAAGCACAUUCUGUAUGCUAGUUGAUUGAGAUAAGGCAUUUUCCGUAUGCUAGUUGAUUGAGAUAAGGCAUUUUCCGUAUGCUAGUUGAUUGAGAUAAAGCACAUUCUGUAUGCUAGUUGAUUGAGAUAAGGCAUUUUCCGUAUGCUAGUUGAUUGAGAUAAAGCACAUUCUGUAUGCUAGUUCACUGAGAUAAGGCAUUUUCCGUAUGCUAGUUGAUUGAGAUAAAGUACUUGUUAUAUGCUAGUGGAUUGAGAUAAAGCACUUGUAUGUAAUUUUACUGAUAUAAAGCAUGUGAUGUUAUCCUCAAGAGCUGAAUAGUAUCUUUAAGAGAUGGGUUUUAUCUUUAUAAGCUAAAUGCUUUUUUUUUUUAAUUUGUUGUGACAGACUGCAAUUUUAGGAGCACUGAAUUUUUCAAUUUUAAUGUGCGCUCAUUCUUUUAUUCAUUUUCAAACUGUAACUUGAUAUUAUGACCAGCACUUGUGUUAUAGCCACUAUCCCAUCAUUCAGAAUGUACUUGUUUAGUAGCAUGUGUAGUUGUAUGUAUGUACAGACAUUGUUCAUAUUUUAGUCACUUUUUUAAGGCAAUAUUGGUUUUUAAAUAAAUUUUAUGCAUAUAUUUUGUGACAAAUAAAACUCGGUGAAAUAAAAAUAUUA